AUGUCUCCAUUGUCGGUGUUGUUGUCUUACAUUGUGGUUUCCGUGGUAUUGCUAGUGUUCAGUCUCAAGUACCUUCUCCAAACCAGAAAACUCAGGAACCUGCCACCGGGACCCACUCCUCUGCCCAUAAUAGGGAACCUUAACCUCCUCGAACAACCCAUCCACCGCUUCUUCCAACGAACCUCCAAGCAGUACGGCAAAAUCAUUUCCCUGUGGUUCGGCUCCCGUCUCGCCGUCGUCAUCUCCUCACACUCUGCAUUCCAAGAAUGCUUCACCAAACACGACCUUGCCUUGGCCAACCGCCUCCCUUCUCUCUCCGGCAAAUACAUCUUCUACAACAACACCACCGUCGGCUCUUCUUCCCAUGGUGACCACUGGCGCAACCUCCGCCGCAUUACCGCCCUCGACGUUCUCUCCACCCAGCGUGUCCACUCCUUCUCCGGCAUCCGAAGCGACGAAACCAGGCGCUUGAUUCACAGGCUGGCCAGAAACUCCCGCGAGGGUUUUUCUCGCGUGGAGAUAACCUCCAUGUUCAACGACUUGACCUACAACAACGUGAUGAGGAUGAUAUCCGGGAAGAGGUUUUACGGGGAAGAGAGUGAGAUGAAGAACGUGGAGGAGGCGAGAGAGUUCAGAGAGACGGUGGCGGAGAUGCUGCAACUCAUGGGCUUGGCUAACAAAGGUGAUUACUUGCCCUUCCUAAGGUGGUUCGAUUUUCAAAAUGUGGAGAAGCGGUUGAAGAGUAUCAGUAAGAGGUACGAUACCAUCUUGAAUAAGAUCAUUGAUGAGAACCGUAGCAAGAAGGAUGACCGUGAGAAUUCCAUGAUCGACCAUCUCCUGAAACUCCAAGAGUCCCAGCCUGAGUAUUACACUGACCAAAUCAUCAAAGGCCUUGCUUUGGCUAUGCUUUUUGGAGGAACAGACUCAUCAACGGGAACUCUAGAGUGGUCGUUGUCGAAUUUAUUGAAUCACCCAGAGGUGUUGGAGAAGGCAAGAGAGGAAUUGAAGAGGGAAGUAGGGGAGGAGAGGUUGUUGAACGAGUCAGACCUUCCAAAGCUUCCGUAUCUGAGGAAGAUCAUCCUUGAGACACUUAGGUUGUAUCCCCCAGCUCCAGUGUUAAUACCACAUGUGUCUUCAGAAGAUAUCAGUGUUGGAGGAUUCAAUGUCCCUCGGGACACAGCAGUGAUCAUCAAUGGUUGGGCCAUGCAGAGAGAUCCUGAGUUGUGGGAUGAGGCCACGUGCUUUAAACCUGAGAGGUUUGAUGUGGAAGGAGAGGAGAAAAAAUUAGUGGCAUUUGGGAUGGGAAGAAGGGCUUGCCCAGGAGAACCCAUGGCCAUGCAAAGCGUGAGCUAUACUUUGGGAUUGUUGAUUCAAUGUUUCGACUGGAAACGAGUGAGUGAGGAAAAGCUUGAUAUGAGGGAGAAUAAUUGGAUCACCUUGUCCAGGUUGAUUCCAUUGGAGGCCAUGUGCAAGACUCGUCCACUCUACAAUAAAAUUUCAACCCAUUGA